GUUGUAUAGUAGCGAUAUCGCUACAGUGAGAGGAAAUAUCGUAGAAGUAAAUAGCAUCAUUUACGAAGAGGUUGCAGAUGUAUAAAUAGCCAAUAACAAAAAGUCUGUGUUAAUGUAUCAACACGUUUUGGUUUUUUAAGAUGAUGAGGAUAUUAAAGCUAGCGAUAACGCAAAUGGAAUAGUGAAAAAAGAAAAAAACAGCAUAGGAUUUUACGCAUGACAUUUCAGUACCACAGUUAAAUUGAAAAAAAUGUAAACACAAUGACAAACAAGAGGCUGGACUAUAUGUUUAACGUUAUUACAAACUAGCGUAUACAUGGUAUAUGUAUGGUAGUGUAGUAUGUGUUUUUAAACCAGUGACUGAAUUACCACAUAAAUAAAACUAUAACCUUACAAGCCUGAGGGGAAGAAGGACGCGAUUGAAUACUUUAUGCUUUAAAUAACCAUUGUAAAUGUUACGAAUAGCUUCGGUAAUAAAAUACGUCGUGGGCUAGUAGCUGCAUUAUUUUCUCUCUAAUCCUGUCUUAAACCAAAGCUAAUCUGCCGUUUCAUACCUUAUAUUGCCUGGAUUAGUUUAAAAGGAUAUAUUGUCGUCUGGUGUUUGGAGUUUCAACAGGAAGUGUUGCUUGCUGAGACAUAUUCUAAUAAAUGGAAGAAAAACUAAUGUUUCUGGACAUGUGACUGACCUACUGAAAUUAUGGGAUUAUUUUGUGGGAUAUACUUGAUCUCUGCCUACAUUUCAUUUGUAUAUGGUUCGGACUGUGUCUUUCCAGCUGAAUGGCGGGAUAGAUGGCACGAGGGACGCCGUACAGAGAUUUCUAUAAAUAGCAUGUCGAGAAAAGGGACGUGCAUUCGGAGAGAUGGAAACAAAUAUUUUAUGCUCAAUAAAGAUUCAAAUAAUAGAAAAUGUUUCAAAUGCCUUGUGUUUACCCAGUGGCAUUUGAAUCUGCUACAAUACAAAGAGAGUCCAUGUUGGUAUGACGAAAAGUUCCACCACGUGUGCAGUCUCAUCAACGGGGAUACAAUACUUCAUACACUAGUCAGAGCACCCAGCUCACCGCCAAGCUUGCCAAGUCUGCCGGUCAUAUGUCCAUUUCACGGCUCCUAUACAUUUUCGUACACAAAUGGAACCAUGAGCAACCAGCAAUGUGAUUCGCCACUUUCAGAAGUUCGCGCAUGUGCAGAUGAAUCAAAAUACAAAUUUAUUUUCAAGAAGUGUAAUAGGAUUCCAGGAACGUACGAUAAAGCAAUGGAUUUUCAAUGUCUUGCUUCCUGGAACAACGGUGACAAGUAUUUGUAUGGCAGUUUCUCCGAGCCCUGGAUGACCAGCGUGGAUGACUAUCAGUACAGAUGCUUCAUGCACAGUUUCUAUGGUACCAACGGAGACAUGUCGAUGUCGGCAGAUUCAACUUGUCAAGGUCUCCAAAGUCCUACCCUGGGUGUUAUUACAAUGAAGUUUUCUAAAGAUUUGAACGAGCCGCGUGGUUCAUGUAGUUUCCCAGAUAUUCUAGUGAACAGAAAUAAAUGGCGGGAUUUAAGUGGGAAAUGGUUGCUAGAUGUUGAACAAGGUUUACAUGUCCUGCGUCUAAAGGAUAGACAACCUAAAGGAACUAUUCACUAUACUGAACAAACAGGCCUAGAUACGUCGUCAACAAAACUGGUGAUUCGUUGCGUAGAGAAAACUCACCACGCAGAAACAAGAAAGGCUGAUAUUUUACAAACAGAUUAUGUCACAUACGUGACAGACGACAGUUGUGAAUCUGGCUAUCAGUGUGUUCGGCUUGUGAAGAGAGAUGAAAAUAUUCUAGAAAUGUAUCUAGGUGAAAGAAUAAAUGGAACAUCUCCGAAUUGCGAGGAUGAAAAAUUUCAUGAAGCAACCAAACACUUACUAAUACCGGACGUGAAUGACUCGGGUCAGUGUAGUAUCACACGGAAGGGGAUAUACGAAUACCAGGAUAAAGCAUCUGACUGUAGGGGCACCGUGAACAUUGGCUGCAACACCCCUAAUAAAAUUGUCAUAGAUACAAAAUGUCCUGCCAACAAAAAUAACGUUAUGACUGAAAAAGUUGAGAUUCUCCAUUGUUUAUACAGUUGGACAAUAGAUUCUAAAACUUACAUCAUUAUACAGAACUCUGGUCAGAGAGCUAAAUGCCUUACUUUUAUUGAUACAGAGUACGGGGUGGAGCUUCAGUCAGAUGACAGCUGUCAAUCAGAUAGAUGGACAGUUACAAAUCAAUAUCUAAAUUAUCUACUUUAUAAUCAUCCAGAUCCGUGUACAGACAAGUCUAUACAGGCGGAUCAGAACACAAGUAAUGAACGAACAGACGUUGAAGAGCACAAAAAUAUUAAUGUCAUAUCUGGUGUUCAAAGAACUAGUCUUUUCUUACCAACAAUAGCGUGUAAUUUGCUAUUGUUUCUGUUACUGCGGGUGAGGUGAGGGGAUGUAUAGAUCCAUUCCAUUCCAAAUGAUAAGGAUGACAACGUUGUAAUGAGAUGUGAUUUAGAGCUUAUUAGAUAUAUUAUUCGGGAGUGGCAGGCGAUGAAUCAACCCGGUUUUGUACGAAUGAUUCUCGAGGAAAUAUCAUGAAAUAUGUUCCAUACCUAUCAUUAUUAAAAUAAAUACACGUUCGUGUAAUAAGGAGUGAUUCUAAUUUGGGAGUAAAUGCAGGUAUUACCUUGCACAUCGCACAAAUGCCUGUCAAAGAAGUUAUUUAUACUCCAUCCAAGUGUACCGAUCGUAGUAUGAUUGAUAUGCAGGAAACUCCGAUGGAGUUUGUAUGAGAAAGGAAGAACGAAAUAUUUUAAUGUACUAGAAUUAAAAAAGUGACAUGGGGCAUUUACCCUAUCGACAGAACAAAAGAACUGCCCUUUGAUAUGAAUUAUUUGAUGGUUUUAGAUUCAACAUUUCGAGGACUAAACAUGUACAGAUAUUCAUGCCCAUUUAUAUCGGCACAUUGGUGACUUUAUGGUGUUAGCACAUGUACCAAUAAGCGACGUAUUUGAUUACUGUCAAGUUAUGAUUAGAUUGCAUAAUAGUUUAAUUUUGUUUUGGUAACAUAUUUGUUUAAAAUGUAUUUCUGAUAUUUAAGGAGUCCACGUUUCAAUUUCAAAGGCAUAAUACAUAUAAUUGGAAGGCCUAACGAAUGAAUUGUAUUUAUAACUUUUGUUACGACUAAAUGGCCGUAUAGGUAACAUAAUAAUAGUGCAAUGACCAUAUCCUGGUCAAUAAUAAUUGUUUUUGCCUAAAUUUGCUUGCCUUUUGUGUGCUGGUCAACAUAAAUACUCAUUUAUUUAAGUGUUCAGUUAUUGUAAAUGUUUGGUCUUUUAUAACCAGAGAUUAAUUCAUUGUAAAGUUACUAACUAACUCAAAAUUUUACAUGUACGUUCUAAUUAGGGAGCUGUAUAUCUUUGCAAAGAAGAAGACAAAGUAUAAUCUUUCGAAGAAUAGUCAACAAUUUCCAAAAAAUACGUUCAAAACGUGUACUUCGUGGUUCAUAAUCUCCACAGUGAUAUUUUAUAUUCAAACUGGUUGUAAAAGAUCAUUCAUAUACGGUACAUUAUUGUUCAGUUUUAUAGUCAAAUUGAGAUUUUGUAUAUAUGAACGAAAUGUAAUUCAUUACAAAUGUAUGCUUUUAAAAUAUUAUAGUAUUGUUGCAUAAUUGAAUGAAAUUUAUAUAUUAUAAGAAUGGGGAAGAUUCAGCCCCCGACUGUUUAAGGGUUGGUAGCGGAUGCGUGUUUGUGUGUAUUUUCGAUCAUUUCAUUCGACAUAAACACGCCUAUUUUGGGCAGUGUCCCUGUUUUUUUUAUACAUCCUGGAUGAUUUUAGCUAAAACAUGCGUAUUUCAGUCUUAUUAUUUUGAAUAAGGCACCGGUGGAUUUGCCUCAGUAUCAUCUAUAAAUGAGUAAGUGCGGAAGUACACAAACGACUGUUCAUCGCCGGAAGUAGUCUUGAUGCAGUAUACUCAUUUCGUCUUAUAGUAUGUCAAAACUGAACUGGUCAGCGUUUUUAAAAGUUUGAAAAUUUGGAUUAAAGCAGAAUAAAGAGCGUGAUCCAGGGAAACACAAUUAUCUGUUCAAUUACAUAUGAUUAAAUUGAAAAAACCUAUAUAUUGCCUGAAUUCAAUACAGGUCUUGAUAAAGAAAUAUGUUGACCAAUAUAUCUAUUAUGACCAUAUAUAGACUGACGUACGGCGUAUUUUUACACUAGUUUGUAACGAUUAAAAUGAUGUUUAUCAAAUGCAGAAUGCUACUUCAAGACACCUUUGCGUGGAGUAAGUGAAUUCAGUGCAAUGUAGUUGUAUUUUUUGAAACUGCAAAUUAAAGCUUUUUGUUAUGUAUGAUAGACUUUGUAAGAAAGUAGAAAAAAUACUUAUGAAUUUAUUAAUUAUAAAACGUUUUGUCAAACAGGGCACUGGGACAAGUGUCACCAUGCAUCUGGACUGAAUAAGGCCAAACAAGACGUAAAAAUGAAACAGAUCGACCGGCUAUAGACCAUAAAAAUAGAUACAGUAUCCAACAGACACUCGCAAUAUCAUUGUUAAAACUUCCUUGUCGGUCAUUUCGUGAUUUUGGUAUUUGAGAUUCGGAGGAAUGGCAUAUUGAAGUAGAAAUAAAUACAGAUAUAUAACAACAGACAUUUAUUACAAGAAAAAAAUGUGUUGUUUGGCCUUUUCGAAAGUAGAUUUGAGCGUUUUGUGAAAAUGUUUACACAGUUAUUUGAGAUACAUUAUAAAAUAAUGGUAUUACGGACAACAGGGUAUAGAAACGUAAACCAAAUCAAUGUUGUAAUAAGUAUUCACUUUGGACGCUUUUGAAUGUUUAAAAUUUUCUGUUGCGUUUUUUUUUUUUUUUGUGGCAUACAAUUAGUUUAAGAUUUUUGAAUGUUUAAGUUCAAUAAAAAGCGCCGUUUUGAAUCCUAGAGUACUUUGUUGUCGUAUUAAAGCUGUUUUCAGAUAUAUACCUAAUGAUAAGUUGAAUUGAACUGCAAACACAAUAAUAUAGUAUUUAAAUAUUUUGAAAUAGCAGUACCACUUACACAGUUAUAAACAUCGAAAUUGAAAAUUAGCUUGUUUUAUUGUGCUUCUGGGAUAUCUCAAUAUAUUUUCCUGUACCGCUUAAUAUAUAAUUGGUUAGGAUAUUCGACGUUUCAAAGAGAUAUCAUUGUAUGCAGUUGUACAGGUCAAUGUUAACCAGCACAAAAGUUAGGAGUGUACGCAUUUUUAAUUUUCCAAAUUUUAUUUAUAUUAUUAUGGUUGAAUAGUUGUUCUUAGAAAAACAAAGGCAAAGGUUAAAUUCAUUUCAAGCACAAGAUGUUUUGAGUACUAGUACAGUUUGUUAUCUUAACUAGUUUGUCCUAAUUGGUUAAAAAGCUUUGAUAAUAAGAAAAUAGAAAACAUGUUCUAUCAAGAUAUAAUAUUCAUCUAAACUACAUUUUUUAUUUCGGAUACUAGAGGUAUUUAUUUCAACGUAUGUUGUUUUUUUUUUUGCUUUUUUUAUUUUCCUUUGAAUAUCCAAAACACCAAAAAAUGCUAUUUUUCAAAUAUUCACCGAAAUAUUUAAAUCAGUGACACAGUAAGCCAUUCUUAUUUUUGCUUGUUAUGCGUAAAUGUUGCGAGACAUUCCCGUAAGAAUAGUGUAUGCAAAAUGAAUUUAUUUGUAAAAGCGAAAAUGACGUAGCACCUGUAACGUUAAAAUUUGCAAACACUAUAUCGGGAAUGCACUCAGAUAUAUGAAGAAUACAAGUGUAUAUUUUGUUGUUAUCGUUCUAUUUAACACACUUAACUGUGAUAUUUUUGUAAUAAAUGAUACAAAUAUUUUUAUAAACCAAA